UUUAUAUGCGAGUCACCGCCAAUCCCCUAAGAAAAGAAAACAAAGAGACCAAGCUUUUACCUGAACAAUGGAAGCAAAGGUAGGGAAAUUCUUCGAUUCAGUGACUAAUUUCUUCUCCGGUUCAGAUCAGCUUCCUUGGUGCGAUGCUGAUAUCAUUGCAGGAUGUGAAAAGGAGGCUGCUGAGGCUAAUGGUUCUGAUGAGUCAAAAAACGAAUGUCUCACGCGUUUUUCAUGGGCUCUUGUUCACUCACGACGAACAGAAGAUGUAGAACGUGGUAUAGCUAUGCUCGAAGCUUCUAUAGCCAGCACUACCGAUCCACUGAAAAUGCGAGAGAAGCUUUAUCUUCUGGCUGUUGGGCAUUUCCGAAGAGGUGACUAUUCAAGGAGCAGAGAGCUUGUGGAGCAGUGUUUAAUGGUAGAACCUGAAUGGAGGCAGGCACAAUCUCUGAAGAAGGCAAUCGAAGAUCGAAUUACAAAAGAUGGUGUGAUUGGUAUUGGCAUUGCUGUUUCUGCUGCUGGGCUGAUUGCUGGUGGCCUUGCUGCUGCUCUUUCACGAAAGAAGUAACGCCCCUGGGCCCUGACCCAAGCCCAUCCCUGAUCCCGACCAUCUCAUGUCGUAUCAUAUAAUAUCUGUUAGGAACAAAUCUUGAAAAAUAUUUUCAAUGAUACAUCUUUUUAUUUUCUCAAGUACCUAAAAGGCUUGUUUCGAUCAUAUUUGUUGUCUUAUCUUGUGAUAUUUUAAGUUUUAUUUAUGUAGGAUAUGUAUUAUAGUUUUUUAAUAAAUUAUAAUUCUUUUA